GACGCUCACUCUACAAGGACGAUAAACACGAGUUUAGCUUGCUGUCUUUACUCAUACCAUUUGAAGCUACUUUCUUGAGAUCUACGGCUCUAAUCAAAGAUGUCAGGUCAACGAACAUACAAGGUGUAUGUCGGAAACCUUGGGGAAAAUGGACGAAAAGAUGAACUGGAGAGAGAAUUUAAGAAAUAUGGACGACUGCAUGAUGUGUGGGUUGCUCGCAAUCCACCUGGAUUUGCCUUUGUGGAAUUUGAAGACCAGCGUGAUGCAAAAGAUGCCGUUGAAGGCCUGGAUGGCAAGCACAUUUGUGGAGCCCGUAUAAGGGUAGAAAUGUCCCGACACCGGGGAGGGCGUGGUGGUCGGAGUGGGGGUGGUGGUGGUUACCGUGGUGACCGUUCUGGUGGUGGCAGACAUUUUGAUGACCGUGGCGGAGGAUAUGACCGCUAUGAUGAUCGGUCCAGAUCACCAUAUAGGUCACCACCCCGCAGAGGGGGGAGGUCUCCUGAGCCAGACAGGUGGCAGUCAAGAGGAAGGAGCAGGUCGCGUAGCCCACGACGCUACUGAAUGUGGCAUUAUUUGAGCAGAUUCUCACAGACCUGUGGAAUUCCUUAUUGUUCUGCAAGAGAAGUUUUGAUUCAAACAAGCUUCUAUUUUGAUUUAUACUCCUUUCAGUUUCAGUCAAUGUCUUCAUUUUUCUGUGUUUGAAACAUUUUUAAUGAUAAGUUGUUACAAGUAUGUAGUUUUUAAGUAGUUUUAGGUAUUAACGUAGGAACUUGCUAUUAUUGUUUUGUUAUCAUUUAUUUAAUAUUCAGUCAGUUGUUUUGCCUAGAGUAUUGUGAGAUGAAACAUUUGGAAAUAUAGCAAUCUUUAUUUGCUCUGACUUUGUCUCUGAUUUGGAAAGUAAUAGUGCAGUAGAUACAUGUAGUUCAAUGACUGUUAACGUCAUGAAAAUUUUCAGGAGAACAUAACUGAUGGAGAUCAAGUCAAAUUUUGUCUGAUUUUUCUGUUGUUACUUGUUAGAUUUAAGUUAAAAUGUGUAGAACCUUUUUGAUGUCAAAAUAAAGCACUACAUAGUUGAUGUACUUCA